UACUGUCAUAGUAGUUCCCACUUUUUGUCUUGUAUUAUGUUGAAAGGUGCUUUUGGUCUAUCGAUCAGUCUGCUAACUGCUUAGUUUCGAGUUGAUCGGUGUGCGCACUCUCCGGUUGUGACUACUCGUCGUCUUUGUUAUAUCACCGUGGUCACGAUUCACGACAAUAUUCGCAUACAAGCGGUAAUCGUUAAUAAUAACUAAUAUAUCAUAUUGUCAUUUGCUCGCCACUCGCCAGUCGUUGCUUCGUAUCUAUUGACGUUACCGCCAAAAUUAUGUCCAUCUGCACGUUUUUGGGCAAGUACAUUUUGUACUUGUUCAACCUGUUGUGUCUUAUCUCCAGCGUUGGCAUUCUGUCGAUUGCGUUCAUUAUCAAUCACAAACUAUACAAAUGGUCGAAUUUCAUAAGUACUGAACUCAUCACCACACCUCAAAUACUUUUGGCCAUUGGUAUUGGAUUGUUAAUUAUCUCCAUAAUCGGUCUAUGUGGUGUGCUCAGAGACAUUGGAUGGCUUUUGACACUGUUUUCCGUACUGCUUACAAUCGUCUUGAUUGGAGAACUUAUUUUAUCUGGUUUCGUGUAUUACAAUGGCAGUGAAAUCAAGGGGUAUGCGUUAAAUCAGAUGAACCAUACAAUUUCUGGAUACAAUAAAACUGGUUAUGAAGCCUCCACGCAAACUUGGAAUUUGAUACAGUCUGAUAUUGAAUGUUGUGGAAUUUAUGGACCAAAAGAUUGGGAACCAGUUACACAUAGCAAUAAACUGCCUACAUCUUGUUGUUAUGCCAUACCGUUAGACGGAUUUUGCACAGAUAUUGAAUCAUACAAAGACGGUUGCUUCAAAAAGUUUGAAAACAUUCUAGAGGAAAAUAGUGAAAUAAUAAUAUGGACAGCAAUUGGAUUUGCUUUAAUUCAGCUUUUUGCUGUAUUUUUAGCAUGUUGCCGCAAGUGUUCUUUACACAAAGAAUAUGAAACAGUUUAAAGAUAAUUAUCAUUUAAGUUUUUAGUUAUUAAUAGAGCUACAUGAAGAAUAUGUACUAUUAAUAUCAGUUUAUAUAAUUUCUCCUAAUAUUUUUAUUUCUUUCAUUUAUAAAGUAUCAUGUGUUUAGUUUAUCUGAUAUAAUACUAGAUAUUAUAUUUAAUAAUUAUUAAUGUUUACAAUGAUCUAGUGAGCUAUGAUUUUCAGUUGUCUUCUGUAUUGAUUUAUUGUUUAAUUUUAAUACAAUUUGUUCAUCAUACUUGUUAAUUUAAAACUUAAA